AUGAGACCAGGAUGCAUGCUGCUAGCAUUGGUAGCCAGCCUGAUGCUGUUGCUCCUGCUGCGUCUGCUCUGGUGCCCGGCGGACACGCCCGCCCGCUCCAGGAUGUUGGUGGAGAAAAGCAGAGAGACCACCCCUGGCACUUCGGUAACGAUGAGGACGCUCAGGAGCCCAGUCACCUCAGUACCUCCUCACACCAGGAGCAGCACGUAUCUGCUGCAGGAGACAUCACCCCAACAGACAGAGAAAUGCAAAACUCUGCAACAGGACUUGAAGUCUUUAUCUAACAAGACGAGACGGUAUUCUGAGGAUGACUACAUUCAGAUCAUCACUAACAUACAGAAAUGCCCAUGGAGACGGCACGCAGAAGAAUAUGAAAAUUUCAGAGCAAAGCUGGCUUCCUGUUGUGACGCAGUUCAGACCUUCGUGGUUUCCCAGAAUAACACUCCAAUGGGGACUAACAUGAGCUAUGAGGUGGAAAGCAAGAGGCAAAUCCCUAUUCGAGAGAACAUUUUCCACAUGUUCCCAGUGUCCCAGCCUUUUGUGAACUACCCCUAUAACCAGUGUGCCGUGGUUGGCAACGGGGGAAUUCUGAACAAGUCUCUCUGUGGAGCGGAAAUUGAUAAAGCUGACUUUGUUUUUAGGUGUAACCUUCCCCCAGUCACAGGGAAUGCUACUAAAGAUGUAGGAAGCAAGACGAAUCUUGUGACUGUCAACCCCAGCAUCAUAACGCUGAGAUACAAGAACUUGAAGGGGAAGAACACAAAGUUUCUGGAAGACAUUUCCACCUACGGAGACACAUUCCUUCUCCUGCCUGCUUUUUCCUACAGGUUCAACACAGGCAUCUCCUUUAAAGUCUACCAAACCAUCCAAGAGUCCAAAGUUAGACAAAAAGUUCUCUUCUUCCAUCCCAGUUACCUGAGGCGUCUUGCUCUUUUCUGGAGAACUAGAGGGGUGACAGCAUACCGCUUGUCCACAGGCUUGAUGAUCGCAAGUGUCGCCGUGGAACUGUGUAAAAAUGUGACACUCUACGGAUUCUGGCCUUUCUCAAAAACUGUAGAAAAAGCACCUAUCAGUCACCACUACUAUGACAACAAGUUACCUAAGCGUGGUUUCCACCAAAUGCCCAAAGAAUUUAACCAGAUGCUCCAGCUCCAUAUGAGAGGGAUCCUCAAACUACAGUUAGGCAAAUGUGAAGCGGCUUAA